AUGUUGAGCCUGGUCGUGGGUUGUGGGUUGGCAGUGCUGGCUCUCGGAGCACUCACACUUCUCGCUCUCGGCUGUCCAGGCCUGGGUUUUCGCCGGUGGCUGGCCACUAGAAGCGGGCUGAUGGCUCGUACCGAGAAGCCGCUCUUCAGGAUCGCAUACUCCUUGUAUACAAAGACCAGACUAGGGUACAUUUUUCACAAGAAGCAGCUGAAAAGGACGCGAGAGCAUUAUCCCACCGGUCACUCCAUUGUCUGUCCUAUGAACAUUAACGGUGUGAAAAUUCUUCCAGUCCCAAUACUGUCAGACAACUACAGCUACCUAAUUAUAGAUGUGGCUUCAAACCUGGCUGUAGCCAUUGAUCCUGCUGAUCCAGAAAUUAUUCAGGCAUGCCUUGAGGAAGAGGGUGCCACUUUAGAAGCAAUUCUCACAACGCACAAGCAUUGGGAUCAUAGUGGUGGAAAUAAGGUACUGAAGAAAAUCCACAAAACUUGCCGAAUUUACGGUUCCUCCAGAGAUAACAUUCCUUCUCUAACAGACCCCAUUCUGGACAAGCAGACAAUAGAGGUGGGUAAUCUGCGGUUUCAGGCUCUCUUCACACCGGGACAUACAGUGGGUCAUAUGAUCUACGUCUUGGAUGGGGAACCUCACAACAGUCCUGAUUGCCUCUUCUCUGGAGACUUGGUGUUCUUGUCCGGAUGUGGUCGAAUUUUUGAAGGGAGCUCCUCGCUGAUGCUAUCAUCACUCGAUGUUGUAAGCUCCCUAAGAGAUGAGACAUUGCUGUGGCCAGGUCAUGAAUAUGCCCAGGAUAAUCUGAUGUUUGCAGCUUCUGUUGAGCCAGACAACCCUGCUAUCUUCACGAAGCUUGAGUGGGUUCUACAGCAGAGGCAUCAGAAUCACUGCACUUGCCCGUCAACGAUAGGAGAAGAGAAAGAGUACAACCCUUUUCUUCGGACUCAUUCCAGCAGCUUGCAUGAUGCUCUUGGGAUCGAGCGGGAACCCAGCGAAGACUCGAAGUCUUUCAGAUCCCGGGUCCUGGAAGAGGUCCGAAAGCGUAAAGAUAUUUUCAAUUGUAGAUAGCGUUCUGAAAUCCAAACCCUGCAGCGGUAGGCCCUGAGUCCCCACCUUUCCCCUCUUCCUCUCUAUACAACAUGCAGUCAGGCAUCUAAGGGUGAGGGAAAAACAUUCCAGAAACUUGCAUGAAACUUGGAAGCACUCUCACUGCACACUUUUGCACCUGGCAUUUGAAUAGGGAACUUUUGUAACUAAUCAUUCCCCCUUAGUGUAAAUAUUCUCUCAGAUCUGUUGUAAUGUAAGUACUGAUGAGCAGUUUUUAAUUGCACCUGUAUAGAUUUAUCUCCUAUCAGUUUUUUGAUUAGAAUUUUUUUCUCAAAAACUGGUGGUGCCUGUAUAUAAGAUCCUGUCCCUUUAUUUAUAGAUUGCAAACAUAUCUGCCUGAAUACAUGAGGAUUUCCCAAAAUAUAUUAUGUAUUUGAAGUGUUAACCACAACAAGAUCAAAUACAGGAUGAAAUGUGCCAAUAUUUGUUUGAAUUGUCCUUUUCUCUAAACCUGAAGAAAGACAAGUUUUAGCACUAACAAAAGGCAGCAACAUGCAAAAGGAGCUCAGCAGGUCAGGAUAUAUCUUUGGAAGGAAAUGGACAAUCAAGGUUUCAGAUCAAAUCCCUCCUUCAGUCCUAGUGGUCAUGAGGGUUCUCCCUCCCUCACCACCCCUUGUUAUUCUGGUUUAUGCUCUCUGUUCUUAGUCCUAUGAAAUAUCUCAACCCAAAGCAUUGGCUGCCCAUCUUCCUUGACUGAUGCUGCCCAAUCCACAGUUACUCUAGCAUUUAGUGUGUUGUUUCAGAUAUGUGCCAUUUGCUGUCUGUCUCAUUAUCACCGAUAAAAGGCAGAAUAUUUGUUACGAUGGCCAGCUGCAUCAUCAGUUUUCUAUUCUCUUAUUCCAGCAAUGAACUGUUGCUCGUUUGCACUGAAUUGGUCUCGAGGUUGACAGCUCUAAUUUGUAUCCAGCUGAUCAUCCACGUGCCUAUCUAAGAUUGUCUUAAAUAUUCUUUGUGUAUCUGCCUCUACCACCACCCUUGGCAGUGCAUUCCAUGCACCCAUCAUGUGUAAAAAACUUGCCUCUGACAUCCCUCCCCCUUACUUUCCUCCAAUCACCUUAACAAUCCCUUAGCCAUUUCCACCCUGAGAAAGUCUCUGGCUGUUCACUCUAUCUAUGUUUCUUAUCUUGUACACAUCUAUCAAGUCAUCGCUCAACCUCUUUUGCUCCAAAGAGCCCUAUCUCACUCAGCCUGCCCUUGUAAGACAAUCUCUCUUGUCCAGGCAGCACCCUGCUAGAUCUGCUACAAUUUCUCUGCAGCUUCCACAUCCUUCCUAUAAUCAGGAGACCAGAACUGAAUGCAAAAUUCCAAAUGUCUGACCAGUUUCUUAGGAAUGGUUGAUGGGAUGACAUAAAGAGAGAUUUCUGUAUUUCUGCAUUGCUUCGGAGUGUCAAGUACUUGGUAUCUUAAACUGGAAUUGGAAGUGUUUGAAGCAUGUGCUCUCAGUAUCACCCUGUUCUCUUUUUGGUACAGGUUUUUUUUAUUCCUGGUAUUUCUGGUUUCAAGGUGUUAAUGUUGUAUGGUUGUUAAACUGAGUACAUUUACAUGAGCCUACUAUUUGGGCAGACAGAUUCAAGCAAUUGCAGAAGCUUACAUCUAUAGCAAGAAAAAAUAAACUACUGGAGGAACUCAGGAGCUCAAGGCAACAUCUGGAGUAAACCAGAUAGUCAACAUUUCAGAUUGAGUACCUGCAUCAAGAAACUCCAACUGCACCCUCAUAAAAGGGGUUUCAAAAGAUAAAGGUGUAUAAGGUUCUAUAUAAAUGCAGACUCCAAAUACAAGACCACAUGGCAAUAGGUGCACAAUCAGGCCAUUUUGCCCAUUGAGUAUGUUCUACCAUUCAGUCAUGGCUGAUUUGUUGUCUCUUUCAACACCAUUCUCCUGUCUACUCCCUGUAACCUUUGAUACCCUUACUAAUCAAGAACCCAUGAGCCUCAUUUUUAAAUAUACCCCAAUGAUUUGCCUUCCACAGCCAUCAGUGGCAAUGAAUUUCACAGAUUUAAUACCCUCUGGCUAAAAAAUAUUCCUCCUUAUCUCUGUGCUAAAGGGAUGCCUUCUGUUCUGAGGCUGUGCCCUCUGGUCCUAGACUAUAGGAAACAUCCUCUCCACAUCUACUCGAUCUAGGCCUAUCAAUAUUUGAUAGGUUUAAAUGAGAUCUCCUUCCACCUACUCUUCCAAACUCCAACUUACACAGGCCUAGAGCCAUGAAAUGCUCGAGGUUUUAUAGCUAAAUAAUAAUAAUAAUAAUAAAAUAACAAGAAAUAAAAAAAGUGGAGACACUUUGUCAAAACCGGCAGAAGGGUUUUUAAGUUGAAACUUGAACUCUGCUUUUAUCUCCAUAGAUGCUGACUGACCAGCAUGUGCUGUUUGCUUCACAUUUCCAACAUCAGUAGUUGUUUUCAUUUUUCUUAAAUUACUCAAUUAUUUAAUUUAUAAAGUUUUGGCUGCUAAUUUUGAGUAUAACAUUGUGAUGUCAUUUAAGAGAUAGGACAUUGGGAACAAUUCUCUCACCUUUUGAAAUGGUGCCCCCUUUGGUUCUGUUUGAAAAAUGCAUUUAGCAGCCACUUUAUUAGGUACUCAUUAAUGCAAAUAUCUAACCAGCCAAUCGUGGUGGCAAUUCAAUGCAUAAAAGCACACAAACAUAGAUCAUUCUUCUUCCCCAUUCCAAUGUUUGGUCUGAACAACUGAGCCUCUUGACUAAGUGAUUUUGGCUGUGGAAUGUUGGUGCCAGAAGGGGUGGUUUGAGUAUCUCAAACUGCUGAACUUCUAGGAUUUUCACACAACAGUCACUAGAUUUUACAGAGAAUGGUGUGGAAAAACAUGAAAGCAUUCAGUGGGCAGCAGCUCUGUGGGUGAAAACUCACUGUUAAUGAGAGAGUUCAAUGACCAGUCUGGUUCAAGCUGACAGGAAGGGAAAACUAACUCAAAUAAUCAUGUUACAACAGUAGUGUGCAGAAAAGCAUCUCCCAACAUGCAAUACCUCAAACCUAGAAGUGGAUGAGCUGCAGCAGCAGAAGACCACACCAAGUUCCACUCCUGUAUAUGAUAAAGUGGCCACCAAGUGUAGUUAAAUGGAGAGCGAAUUAGGUCAUGUCCCUAAAGGACAUCUCUGAUUUUUUUUAAAAGAACUAAUCAUAGAUUUUCUGCUACAUCCAUGGUGUUAAUGCAUAACAUAGUCCUUUGAUUUAAUGUAUAUAAUAAGUACACCUUGCAUUUCCAGAGUACUUCUAAUGAGCAUGGGGUAUUCCAAAAUACUUUGCUACCUGCGAACCACUUUUGAGUGACAACUUGUUUGUGUUGUAAUGAUCCACUACCUAACAUAUUGACUGACUGUAUGAUAAAACUGCAUGACUGAAUUCAGACAGAGCCUCUGGAGCAACGAAACUGUGUUGAAAUAGAAAAAUAAUCCCCUGUAAAAUAAUUAAAUUAUGU